GUUGCCAAAUCGACGAAACUUGAGUUUGACUUGCCAUCAAAACAAAACCCGGAAAGUGCAAGAGGAUUUUGUGGAAUAGGACCCGUAAAAAUGGUUGAACCGACGGAACAUUUGCUUGCCCUUAAAGUGAUGCGCUUAACGCGCCCCACACUCAUCAGCCCGCAAGUGUUGACGGCGGAACCGAAAGAUUUACCGCAGAGUUCGUUCGAAAAGAUCAUCAAAAACGAUGCGACGGCGGUGGCGGGCUGUGAGACGAUUGCCGCGGGCCAAUUUAUGCUUCUACCGCAAAGCUUUGGUAACAUUUACCUGGGAGAGAUGUUUUCUAGCUACGUUUGCGUACACAACUGCCGCUCCCAUCCCGUCUCGAAUGUGUCGGUGAAGGCGGAUCUCCAGUCGAACAAUAGCCGGGUCAGUCUGCCGAUCCACGCGGACAAGACGGGUCCGGUAACGCUGAAUCCAGAGGAAACCCUUGACGAUGUCAUCCACCAUGAGGUGAAGGAAAUCGGAACGCACAUCCUGGUGUGCGAAGUAUCCUACAUGACUCCGGCGGGACUGGAGACUUCGUUUCGGAAGUUUUUCAAAUUUCAAGUCGUCAAACCACUGGACGUAAAGACCAAGUUCUACAACGCCGAGACGGACGAUGUGUAUCUCGAGGCGCAGAUACAGAACAUCACUGUCGGACCGAUCUGCCUGGAGAAGGUGGAGCUGGAAAGCUCGGAGCAGUACACGGUCACCUCACUCAACACACUGGCCACCGGUGAAUCGGUGUUUUCGUCGAAAACGAUGCUACAACCGCAGAAUAGUUGCCAGUUUCUGUACUGCAUACGGCCCAUCCCGGAGGUUGCGCGCGAUCCGAAUGCUCUUAAGGCGGCCAAUAACAUCGGCAAGCUGGAUAUCGUGUGGAGGUCGAAUUUGGGAGAACGAGGACGACUGCAGACCAGCCAGCUGCAGCGUUGCCCUCUGGAGUACAGUGAUCUGCGGUUGCUUGUGAUCGAAGCAAAAAGCACAGUUCGUAUCGGGGAAGGAUUCAGCUUCCGUUGCCGGGUGACGAACACGAGCGAACGUUCGAUGGAUCUGCUGAUGGGGCUAAACACGAAGGCUAAGCCAGGAUGUGGAUACACCGGUGUGACCGAGUUCGCACUGGGGCCACUAGAACCGGGACAGAUGAAAGAGUUUCCCCUUACCGUUUGCCCGGUGCGGUUGGGUCUGAUUGUCAUUUCGAACCUACAGCUAACGGAUCUGUUCACGAAGCGCAAGUACGAGUUCGAUAACUUCCUGGAAGUGUUCGUCGUGGAGGAAGACUACCGAGAAGAGGAGUUCCACGUGGACAAGUACGUACGCUACAGCAUUCCGGCGACCGUCUAGCGCUUCAGUCACCCAUUCCCCGUAAGCUCAUCAACACGAUUAUGAUGGAAUUUGUUUAUUUAUUAAAUCCUAAUAAAUCAGUUGUUUUGUGAGCAUGA